GUACUGUAUUGUCUGCGCGAGGUGGAUAGGACUGCUACGGGAAACUGAGGAGCAGCUGCGAGGCGAUAAAAACGUCAGAAGAGAAGACAGAAGGAAAACCAAGAAAGGAGCGACCGUAAUUUCAUCCAACGAUGCGUAGGCUACAGUGAGAAAAGUACAUUAUAUGAAACAAUAAUAACCAGAGUUGAAAGGUAAAAUCAAUGGUCCAGAAAAGUAGUAUGUCCAGGACACCUUCCACUUCAACCCAGGAGAUUCAAAUGGACAUGUUCGAUCACGGUUCGCACGCACAGGGGAAGUAUGCAAAGAGAAAGAGUCGCUUCAAACGCUCAGAUGGCAGCACCUCCUCAGACACCACCUCCAACAGCUUUGUUAGACAGGGUUCUGCGGACUCAUACACCAGUCGUCCGUCGGACUCGGAUGUGUCGCUGGAGGAGGACCCCGAGGCUCUGAGGAAGGAGGCUGACAGGCAGGCUCUGGCCACCCUCGAGAAAGCCAAGACUAAGCCUGUGGCCUUUGCUGUGAGAACUAACGUGGGCUACAACCCGGGUCCAAACGAUGACGUCCCUGUUCAGGGAAUGGCCAUCUCAUUUGAAGCCAAAGACUUUCUGCAUAUUAAAGAGAAGUACAAUAAUGACUGGUGGAUCGGGCGUCUGGUGAAGGAGGGCUGUGAGGUGGGCUUCAUCCCAAGCCCCGUGAAGCUGGAGAACACCCGUCUGCUCCAGGAACAGAGGAUGAGACAGAACCGCCUCAGCUCUAGUAAAUCGGGCGGGAGCUCCAGUCUUGAUGUCGCCUCAGGAACCAGGAGGCCCACCCCACCUGGGACAGUAGCUGAUUUCUCCGCGGGGCUCUAUGAUGAUGCCUUGGAUCUAGAGGUGGAGGAGGCAGAGCCGAUGGCCGACGCCCGGGGCGACCACCGGGGCGGGGCUGGUAGUGUCACUUCCCCUCAGGCCAACAUCCCCCGCCUGCCCUUCUUUAAGAAGAUGGAACAUAUCCCCCCCUAUGAUGUGGUACCAUCCAUGAGACCUAUUGUACUUGUUGGGCCAUCACUCAAAGGAUAUGAGGUGACUGACAUGAUGCAGAAAGCACUGUUUGACUUUCUGAAACACAAAUUUGAGGGCAGAAUAUCCAUCACCCGGGUGACAGCAGAUAUCUCCCUGGCUAAACGUUCUGUCCUCAACAACCCCAGCAAACACACCAUCAUAGAACGAUCAAGCACUAGAUCCAGCCUGGACGUACUGGCUGAAGUUCAGAGUGAGAUUGAGCGGAUCUUUGAGUUGGCCCGCACACUGCAACUGGUAGCCCUAGAUGCUGACACCAUAAACCACCCAUCUCAGCUGGCUAAAACCUCCCUGGCUCCUAUCAUCGUCUAUAUAAAGAUAGCCUCACCCAAGGUAUUGCAGAGGCUGAUUAAAUCUCGAGGGAAAUCUCAGGCCAAACACCUCAAUGUCCAGAUGGUGGCAGCAGAUAAACUAGCCCAGUGUCCCCCGGAGCUGUUUGACAUCAUCCUGGACGAGAACCAGCUGGAGGAUGCGUGUGAGCACCUGGCGGACUACCUGGAGGCGUACUGGAAGGCCACGCACCCCCCGAGCAGCAACCCGCCCAACCCGCUCCUCAACCGCACCAUGGUGACGGCCGCGCUGGCCGCCUCCCCGGAGCCCGUGUCCAACCUGCAGCAGGGACCGUACCUUGUGCACGGAGAGCAGAAGCGUGAGGGGCCUCUGUCCGAGUGCGGGGCUGGUAGCGGCGGUCUCCACGACUACCAGGGCGACGGCGGUGGCAGCAAGCAGACUGCGCAGCAGCAGACGUACCUGCGCUCGUCGCGCAGCCAGACCCGGGGCGGGGGCGGUGGCGGCAGGGCCCUGUCCCGCCAGGACACCUUCGACUCGGAGACGCAGGGCAGCCGCGACUCGGCCUACACCGAGGCCGGCGACUCCUGCAUCGACAUGGAAACGGAUCCGUACGAGGAGCCCGACCCGUACCGCUCCCGUCUGCACCCGGCCCACCACCACACACCGCGCCAGGCCUCCUGGGAGGACGAAGGGGCCGAACCCGACCAGGAGAACCUCAACCACGCCCAGGCACCCACCAAUCAGCAGCACCAUGGGCGGAGCAAGCUGCGGGAGCGAUACUGCCAGUCGCCCGCAGAGGGCAGUGCCAACAUCAGCCGGAACCAAAACCAGGAGGAGUGGAGCAGGGAUGUGUACAUUCGCUGAACUGGACGAGAGGGUGGAGAGGGGGCGUAGGGAGGAAGGAUAGGGGAAGAGUAGUGAAUGGGAAGAUGGGGAAAAAAUGGAGAGGAUCAUUCAGGGGUUAGAAACCAUGUGAUUUUUUAUUUGGGAUUUUUUGUUCUGUUUUUCAGAGGUUGUGCCAACCAGAAAGUCUCAAGCAACAAUCUGUUUACAGUCAUAGAUACAGUCACAACCAUUAGCCAGAGCUACAGUGUUCAGACGACACACUCAAUGUUUCUCUCUCUCCGACUCGCUCUCUCUUACACUUGCAUCCAUACACACACACAACAAACACACUUUUUCUGUCACACACACACACACACACAUACAAAUGCCCAUAUGUACACAUUAACAAACAACACUGUACAAUACACUAAAACAGACAUGAAAUUGUACAGAAAGCUGAUUACUCCCAUACUCAUCUGGAGAAACUCUGUUGGUUUAUCGACAUCUUUGUUUUAUUUCUUCCCUGCCUUUUGUUUCAUAUUUUUUAUUUCUGCAUGGAUAUAACAGGCAGCAGGAGGACUAAUGCAAAUAUAGAAUGUAGAUGUAGAAUCCAGGGGUGUUGUGAGAGAGUGUGCUUCCAUGUAUGUCAAGUGUGACUGUGCGCGUGUGUGUAUGUUGUGUCUGAAACUGGUAGUAGUCUGGAUGUCUGUUUCCAUGUGCGUUCACCUGAAGGCUGUCUGUGUAAAAAGGUCCUCUGUAGUCUUAAACUGAGUUGUCUACGUAGCUCAGUUUCUGCACCGAUCUGCUGGUUUUAGCUCUCACUUCACCUUUCUGUUCAUAGUUGACAUUACCAUAGUUUAUUCCUGUUCAUUUUAAAUUAUGUACAUCAAACGUAUUUAUUAUUUGUCAAACAUCUGUAUGAUACGGUGUACUUGCUGCUGUGUGUGCCUCCUGCCAACAGAGGGCACUAUUAGGGGUGGUCUGCUCCCUGUAGUCCUUCAUUGCACUGUAUUGUUCUCUCCUUGCUGUUGCUGGGGUGAUCACUCUGGCCACAAUGUUCUCACUGCAGUGGUGUGACAAGCCUUUAGAGGCCUCCCGCCUUAUCAAAGUGUCAGUCUCUCAGCAUCACUAAUCACAAGUGCCAGAAUGUCUCUGCAAAAGCCACUCCUGCCGUCUUGGUGGGUUUUCUUAAAUCGUAUCCUGUAUGCUGUUUAUUAGUUUUCAUCUCUGUAAGUGAAUGUGUGUGUGUGUGUGUGUGUGUGUGUGUGUAUGCGUGAGUGACUGUCUGUAAAGUCACUUGGAUUAU